UUGAAUGUGUGGUAAAAUGCAGAUUACAACAGGAGAAAUGUGAAACUCUUAGUUCUGAAUCAGUUGGCAAAGUGCGAAAAGGCAAGGGAAGACAUGGCAGAGAUGCAGUGAGAAUCUAAGUAGGUGCAAAGUGAAUGAGCUUUAAGGGAGCAAACUAAGAGCCUUAAGUUGCAUCAUGCUCCGUGUUCUGGCACAGCAUAAUGAAUAUGUAAUAAGGAAUAUCAACACAUAUGCCAGAACAAAGACCAUUGCUCAGGGCUUUCUGGACAUAGCCCUAUUUACUGCAAAUGCAUCACAGAUGAAGCACCUCCUGCAACAAGGCCCAGAAAUACAGUUUUACUAUUUCCUAUUUGUUCUAUUGUGCAUCUCUAUCAUACUUCAGUUGAUUGUUGCAGCCCUAUUAAUUUAUAAAGGAUCAAAGAACAUAGAAUGUGAUGAUCCCGAGCGCAGGCUCAGUGACAGAGUACAUCUACUGAAUAAUAUUGUGACCGGUUUGAUCCUGGUGAUCACAGCUGUCAAUGUUUUCAUCACUUCAUUCUGGUUCAGUCCUCCCCAGGCCACGCUGGAGGACCAACGCCUCAGUCAAGUUGUUACCUGUACCAACUGUUAACCAUCCUCUGCGCACACACACAGUAAAACCGGCUGCAGAAAAAAAUAAAGUACAACUGAUCAAGUAACCGGCUCUAACACCCCGUUCUUUAGUUUGGCAUCUUCCCAUCGGCAGUGAGCGGAUCUCGGUCUCUGGUGGUGAUUGAGAAACACACACAUACUGACGGUGCUGUCCAGCGCAACGGCAAUAUCGCUGUUAGUUACUAACACUACACUCUAAAGCAAUUAAAAAUGUCGACCAAGGGCUGCCAUCUCCUUCGGGAUAAGAAUUCUGCGGGACUUUUGCAUUGACUGAAAGCUCUGGGAACAUAAAACGAUAUUCACGUGAACCAUCAAACUGAACCACUCUUAAAGGUCACCGUUAAAAGAACGCGGAUUCCAACUGCUUUAUUCUAAAACUGCACCUUGCGAAUUAAUUUACCACCGCCCUUGGGAAAGGGUUGAUUACAGCGGCAGAAGCCUCUCGAAGUCUUAAAUAAAAACCCAGCCUGAAAUAAAACCAGAAAUAGCUGGAGAAACUCAGCAAACCUGGCAGCUUCUAUACAGCGAAUGCAGCGUUCAACUUCCCGGGCAUUCAACUGAUGAAAAGUCACUGGACCCGAAAGCUUGACUCUGCUCACAGAUGCCAAACCUGCUGUGUGUCGCCAGCUAUUGCUGUCUUUGCAUCCCGAUUUUUUUGUUUUUUUUUAAUAGGGUUGGGGUAGUAUGUACUGAGAGAUUACAUUUGGCAGUAAAGUUCAAGUAUUGCAGACUCUGUUUAGUUUGAUCCGCUUGUGAAUGCAUUCGGUUGGCCAGAUGUGCGGAGAACAUGCGUCCAAAAGGCGAAUUUAUAGUCCAAACACUAUUUAUAGUCAAAACAAUAUUGGAGAGUGAAAUUAAUUGCUUGCAGAUAUAACGAAUCCGACUCAUCAACCUCCCAACACCUUUCCGUUCAACAUCUUUGCCCAACAGAAACUCUCUCUCCUCCCACGCUGUCUGACCUGCUGAGUACAGCCGAGCAGUUUCUAUUCUGAUUUUAUUGUCAAGUUUAUUGGUUCCUGUGAUUUCAAUUGGGAGCGCAUCUCACGUCAAAUUAACCCAAAGUCCUCCCAAACCGCGGCUGCUGGCGGUUUGAAAUAAAAGCAGAAAAUACUGGAGAAACUCAGCAGGUCGAUAGAGAAACCAUUAGUAUUUCGAGCUUUGGUCGGAAUUUCGGAACUGAAGGAGAACUUUGAAGAAAAGUCAUGAUGAACUCCAAGCAUUAAACCUGUUUCUGUCUCUACCUGGCUUUACUGAGUUUCUCCAGCAUUUUCUGUCUUUGUUCGUCGAACUGCUGCCA